AUGGAAGAAAAAGACGAAGGAGAUGAUCUCUUCUUUUUUGAUAAUACCAACGACAAUAAGAUAUUGAAUGCAACUUCACCAUCAAAUAUGAUGAGACCUCAACAACAUCGUCAACAACAACAACAACAACAAAAACAGCAACAUCAACACAAUACAAACUUGCUAAUAGCAACUACCAAUGAAAAUAACAAUACAACCAACACUAGCAGCAACAAUGAUUUAAUUGAUUUUGAACAAGCUACAAUCGACGAAUAUGAAGAAAUUAACUUCUUUUCUUCUCCCAUAUCGUCUUCUAUUGGAUACAAUAGUUCUUCAACUCUUCUUGACAACAGCAUUGCUGCUCAGACUUUAGAGAAAUUCUUUGUUACCAACAACAACAAAAAUCAAGAUAACAUAUUGCAAGUGAAUCAUCAUGUCACUGACGAUGCUAUCAAUGAUUCUAUCAGGCUAAAUUUUGGGUUUGUUGAUGGUGAGGAUCGAGCAGCUACAAUUACAGAAAAUACUACGACAACAAAUUCAACAUCAACAACAUCAACAUUAACAACAACAACAACAUCAUCAACAACAACAACAACAAUAGAGGAUAUAAACCAAUCCAAUAUCGAUUUUAAUGGACAAAUUGAACAAGGAUCAUCAUCUUGUUUGGAGGAACAAAUCCCUACAUUCGAUCCUUCUACAAAUAAUCUUAAUCUUAAUAAUCUUAAUCUUAACAAUAAUAAUAAUAAUAAUAAUCUUAAUAAUAGUUCAACCUAUUCAGUAGUUUCUACUGAAAACAUAAAAUCGAUGGCAAUCAAUUCACUUGCAUUUACAAAGAGCACAAUCAUGUCAGCAUAUAACGCCAAACCUGUUCAAAAUCUUUUAAGCUUUAGCACAGAUAACUUUUGGAAUGAUCUUGGAGAAGAGGUUGAGGAAAGGAGUAAAUCUGAAAACUCUACCUUUGAAGAGGAAGACAUUCAAUCGGAAAUGGAAAAGUGGCAGAGAUUGGGUGAGGAUAUUCCUCCCCAUUGUUGGACAAGGGCCCUCAACAAUCAGUUUCCUGAUCACAAAAAAUUUCAAGUAUCAUUUGGUCAAGGAAUUAAAUUAAUGGGUCUAGGGUAUAGAAUGUGGAAAUAUGUAAAGAGAGAAAUGAAUGCAGGUAGAUUACCGAUUAUGGAUCCAUUUAAUAUGCCAAAUCCAGGACCGAUUAUGGGCGUACCAAUUGGUGGUAUUGGGUGUGGAUCGAUUACACGUGGAUGGAGAGGUGAUUUUGUAAGAUGGAAUUUAUCAAAUGGAGUUGUCACCAACAAAGUAGUCGAUGCCAAUAAUUUUUCGGUAUUUAUCAAAAUGAACAAUCAAGGAUCCACUUCUUCUUCCUCUUCCUCUUCUUCUUCUUCUGCAACCAACAAACUUGCAACUGUUUUAUGUCAGGGUAAACCAAGAAAUAAUCAAAAUCUAGAUGUUUGGAACUGGGCACUCAAAGGAGAUAAAUCUAGUUAUUUUGGAAUGUUUCCUCGUGCUUGGACCGUCUAUGAAGAACCUCAUCCCGACAUUAAAUUGGUGUGUAAACAAGUGUCACCAGUUAUAGCGCACAACUAUCAAGAGUCUAGCUAUCCUUGUGCAGUAUUUGUGUGGAAGAUUGAUAACAGUGCUCCAGUAUCUGCAGACAUUAGUUUAAUGUUUACUUGGCAAAACGGUGAUGGCACUGAUUCCACUGAUCAGCUGGGAGGUCAUUACAAUCGUUCCUUUUCGUUGGACAAUGGAAAAUUUAGAGGCAUAACACUAAAUACCAAUAGAAGUGCUUCCCAGAAUAGUAGUAUGGAGUUGUCAAUUGGUGCACUUUGUGACGAGCCUGGAUCGAAUUUUUCAUAUGUAUCGAGAUUUGAAACGACAAAUAGGCUAGAGGCUGCAAACCUAUGGUACAGUUUUAAUAAGAAUGGUGUUUUGGAUAAUAGUGACGAUACCAGACCCAACCAAGCGAAAAAACCAAUUGGUGCUGCCAUAGCAUACAAAGUCAGAGUAGAGGCUCAAUCUUCGCGUCAAAUAGUAUUUGCGGUUGCAUGGGAUUCUCCUUACUGUACUUUUAACUCUGGAAAAUCUAUAUAUCCACGUAGAUAUACAAAGUUUUUUGGAACCAGUGGCAAUAAUAGUCAAUCGAUUGCCCAUUAUGCCUCUCUAAACUAUCAAAAUUGGGAACAACAAAUCAAUUCUUGGCAAAAUCCUAUCUUGCAAGAUCCUCAACUACCUUCUUUUUAUAAAAAGGCUCUAUUUAAUGAAUUAUACUUUCUUGUUGAUGGUGGUUCAAUUUGGACAAUUAAUCAAAAUAAUCAAAAUAAUAAUCAAAAUAACAUUAUAGAUAAUAAUAAUAAUAAUAACAAUAAUUAUAUUUAUGAUAAAGAAAUUGGACAAUUUGCAUAUCUAGAAAGUCAAGAAUAUUUAAUGUAUAAUACAUAUGAUGUACAUUUUUAUGCAUCUUUUGCAUUGGCUACCCUCUGGCCCUCGCUGGAAUUCAGUCUACAGAGUGGUAUCGCCGAUGCUACGAUGGAAGACUAUGGAGGAGAAACUGUAGAGUGCAUUCAUAGUGGAAAACAAAUCCCUCGUAAACUGAGGGGAACCGUACCCCAUGACAUUGGUAAUCCGGGUGAAGAUCCUUGGAAACGAGUCAACGCAUACAAUAUACAAGACAUAUCAAGAUGGAAAGAUUUACCUUGCAAGUUUAUUCUACAAGUGUACCGUGACUACCUUUUAACAUCGGUAGACUCUAGUGGCCAAAAAAGUAAUGCUACUAGCAGCAGCUUUGGUCAGGAAUACAUUCCACUUGACGGUGAUAGAGGAUUCUUGUUACAAAUGUGGGGAACCGUGGAAGAGGUCAUCAGAAAGGCAUUUGAAUUUGAUACAGACGAUGAUGGAGUUAUUGACAAUGAAGGUUUCCCAGACCAAACAUACGAUACAUGGUCUGCAAGUGGAUGCAGCGCCUACACGGGUGGCCUGUGGUUGGCAGCAAUUAAAGCAACAUCGGCAAUGGCUCGGAUUCUUGGUUUACGUGACGACGAGGAGGUGUACAGUAAACUAUUUGAAAAAGGAAAGAAAUCAUACAACAAGAAACUGUGGAAUGGGCAUUACUUUAAUUAUGACUCUUCAAAACAAUCGCACUACAACAGUAUAAUGGCCGAUCAAUUGGCUGGUCACUGGUACUUAACAAGUUGUGGCUUGUCUUCGUACAUGACCCUUGACCAAGCUCUUUCUACACUAUCCAUUAUCAAUGAAUACAAUAUAAAGAGUUAUUCAAACGGAUCUUGUGGUGCCGUAAACGGGAUUUCUCCUUUGGCCAUUGUCGACCAAACAUGUCUACAAUCAAGCGAGGUUUGGAUAGGAACAAGCUAUUCACUUGCAAGUACAUUUCUUUUACACUAUAUGGACAAAGAGGCUUGGAGUUUAAUUAAGGGACUGGUAAAUAGUUCCUAUGAAAAAUGGGGCUUUCAAUAUCAAACACCUGAGGCUUGGGAUAUGAAUGGCAGUUUCAGAGCCUCAACUUAUAUGAGACCUUUGGCCAUUUGGUCAGUCCAAUGGGCACUUUCAAGACGUUCAAAAGCUCUUUUAUUUAUAAACGAUCCAAAAAAACAAUAA